AUGCAGCGCAGCCAAGUGGUUAUCAGCAACAACGAGGUCUUUGGUGCGUCACUGCAUGCUGCUGAGAGAGAGAUUUCUGGCAGCAGGAGUGAAGUGCCGUGGUGCGCGAGGUGGCUGACUGCUCAUCGUCCUCCUCAUGCACGCCUCACGCCACCUCUCCUCCCUUCUCCCCCUUCCCCUCCGUAUCCUCUCCCUCCCUUCUCCCCCUUCCCCUCCGUAUCCCUCUCCCUCCCUUCUCCCCCUUCCCCUCCGUAUCCUCUCCCUCCCUUCUCCCCCUUCCCCUCCGUAUCCUCUCCCUCCCUUCUCCCCCUUCCCCUCCGUAUCCUCUCCCUCCCUUCUCCCCCUUCCCCUCCGUAUCCUCUCCCCUCCUUCUCCCCCUUCCCCUCCGUAUCCUCUCCUCCCUUCUCCCCCUUCCUCCCCUCCGUAUCCUCUCCCUCCCUCUCCCCUUCCCCUCCGUAUCCUCUCCCUCCUUCUCCCCCUUCCCCUCCGUAUCCUCUCCCUCCCUUCUCCCCCCCUUCCCCUCCGUAUCCUCUCCCUCCCUUCUCCCCCUUCCCCUCCGUAUCCUCCUCCCUCCCUUCUCCCCCUUCCCCUCCGUAUCCUCUCCCUCCUUCUCUCCCCCUUCCCCUCCGUAUCCUCUCCCUCCCUUCCCCCUUCCCUCCGUAUCCUCUCCCUCCCUUCUCCCCCCCUUCCCCUCCGUAUCCUCUCCCUCCCUUCUCCCCCCUUCCCCUCCGUAUCCUCUCCCUCCCUUCUCCCCCUUCCCUCCGUAUCCUCUCCUCCCUUCUCUCUCCCCCUUCCCCUCCGUAUCCUCUCCCUCCCUUCUCCCCCCUUCCCCUCCGUAUCCUCUCCCUCCCUUCUUCUCCCCCUUCCCCCGUAUCCUCUCCCUCCUUCUCUCCCCCUUCCCCUCCGUAUCCUCUCCCUCCCUUCUCCCCCUUCCCCUCCGUAUCCUCUCCCUCCCUUCUCCCCCUUCCUCCCUCCGUAUCCUCUCCCUCCCUUCUCCCCUUCCCCUCCGUAUCCUCUCCCUCCCUUCCCCCCUUCCCCUCCGUAUCCUCUCCCUCCCUUCUCCCCCUUCCCCUCCGUAUCCGCUCCCUCCCUCCCUUCUCCCCCUUCCCCUCCGUAUCCUCUCCCUCCCCCCCCUUCUUCUCCCCCUUCCCCUCCGUAUCCUCUCCCUCCUUCUCCCCCUUCCCCUCCGUAUCCUCUCCCUCCCUUCUCCCCCUUCCCCUCCGUAUCCUCUCCCUCCCUUCUCCCCCUUCCCCUCCGUAUCCUCUCCCUCCCUUCUCCCCUCUCCCCCUUCCCCUCCGUAUCCUCUCCCUCCCCUUCUCCCCCUUCCCCUCCGUAUCCUCUCCCUCCCUUCUCCCCCUUCCCCCUCCGUAUCCUCUCCCUCCCUUCUCCCCCUUCCCCUCCGUAUCCUCUCCCUCCCUUCUCCCCCCUUCCCCUCCGUAUCCUCUCCCUCCCUUCUCCUCCCCCUUCCCCUCCGUAUCCUCUCCCUCCCUUCUCCCCCUUCCCCUCCGUAUCCUCUCCCUCCCUUCUCCCCCUUCCCCUCCGUAUCCUCUCCCUCCCUUCUCCCCCUUCCCCUCUCCGUAUCCUCUCCCUCCUUCUCCCCUUCCCCUCCGUAUCCUCUCCCUCCCUUCUCCCCCUUCCCCUCCGUAUCCUCCUCCCUCCCUCUCCCCCUUCCCCUCCGUAUCCUCUCCCUCCCUUCUCCCCCUUCCCCUCCGUAUCCUCUCCCUCCCUUCUCCCCCUUCCCCUCCGUAUCCUCUCCCUCCCUUCUCCCCCCUUCCCUCCGUAUCCUCUCCUCCCCUCUCCCCCUUCCUCCCUCCCCCUUCCCCUCCGUAUCCUCUCCCUCCCUCUCUCCCCCCCUUCCCCUCCGUAUCCUCUCCCUCCCUUCUCCCCCUUCCCCUCCGUAUCCUCUCCCUCCCUUCUCCCCCUUCCCCUCCGUAUCCUCUCCCUCCCUUCUCCCCCCCUUCCCCUCCGUAUCCUCUCCCUCCCUUCUCCCCCUUCCCCUCCGUAGCCUCUCCCUCCCUUCCCCCCUUCCCCUCCGUAUCCUCUCCCUCCCUUCUCCCCCUUCCCCUCCGUAUCCUCUCCCUCCCUUCUCCCCCUUCCCCUCCGUAUCCUCUCCCUCCCUUCUCCCCCUUCCCCUCCGUAUCCUCUCCCUCCCUUCUCCCCCUUCCCCUCCGUAUCCUCUCCCUCCCUUCUCCCCCUUCCCCUCCGUAUCCUCUCCUUCCCUUCUCCCCCUUCCCCUCCGUAUCCUCUCCCUCCCUUCUCCCCCUUCCCCUCCGUAUCCUCUCCCUCCCUUCUCCCCCUUCCCCUCCGUAUCCUCUCCCUCCCUUCUCCCCCUUCCCCUCCGUAUCCUCUCCCUCCCUUCUCCCCCUUCCCCUCCGUAUCCUCUCCCUCCCUUCUCCCCCUUCCCCUCCGUAUCCUCUCCCUCCCUUCUCCCCCUUCCCCUCCGUAUCCUCUCCCUCCCUUCUCCCCCUUCCCCUCCGUAUCCUCUCCUCCCUGCCCAUCCUUGCCGCCAUCCCCCCAGGAGCGCGGUUCCCCAUAGUGCUCUACUUUGGCGCGGUGGGGGUGACGGUGAGCAACAACUACGUGCACGACUUUGUGUUUGCGGGCAUCGUGUGCGGCGCGUUCGUGUCGUACGUGGGCGACUGCAUGCUGGCUGUCAUCGCCAACAACCUGGUGGUGGCGACGGGGCGCAACAUCAGUGGCGACAUGGACGCCUCGGGGAUCUACUUCAACACCCACUGGUUCAACCCCGGCAACCUAGCGGAGUGCAACUACAUAAUCGGCGGCGACCAGUGCUACUACCUGGACUUUGCAUCGUCGGGUGUCACCAUCCGCGGGGGCGCGUGCAUCGACACGUACGCGGGCAUGAAGGUCAACAACGGCAAGAGCAACGUGAUAGAGGACGUGGUGGUGAAGAACACGCGGUGGACGCCUGGGUGGUCGACAUGCCUGACAGCGGAGGUGGUGAACUGCGGCAAGAAGCCCGGGUCGUACUGGGAGCAGAUGCGCCGCAAGUACUACAACUCGUCCACCUUCAACCAGAACUGGCCGUGGAUGCAGACGGUGUGCUCAGAAACCAGCAUCAACGGCAUUCCGUGCAACACCAACGCCAAGGGCACGCUCAACGCCACGCAGACGGGCAAGUGCAGCGGGCUGCCCACGCGCAACUCGCUCAUGCUGGUGCUGGUGAACGUACUCAACUACGACAUGGACUUCAAGUACUGUGAGGACCUGCCCAACACGCCGCGCAUCAACUCGCAUCGCUACAUCAAUGUUACCAACGUCGCCGACGCGCAGUUCCUGGAUUUCGUGGAGGACGAUCUGGGCGUGAGAAAGGGGUCGUCGCUUUACAAGGCCCGCCCGAAUUUCAAGAGCUGCCCGAGAAGCAAUGUUGGGCCGAAAAAGCUUUUGGAAAGGUCUUAUUAUGAGAGCUUCAAUAAGGCUAUUCCGGAUGUUUAUUAUGUAACAUUAGCCAUGUGA